UCCAUCCCUCCCCAUACAAAGUUCCAUGUUUGCUUACUACCUAUCAUCUUUGUAUUUCCAUAAAUAAUAAUAAGGAAAAAAAAAAAAAAAAGCCUCAGGAAGAUUAUAAUUCAAACACUCCACAAAACCAAAACAAGAAAACAAUGGCAACAGCCUCAUCUGUUACAGUCUCUCCUGCAACAUUUACUACUGCUGCUGGUGUUGCCAGUUCCAAGAGAAGGACCACCAAGAAAGUGCAUUACAUAUCAGGAAUGAACUCCUUUGGUGGGCUUAAAGCCCACAACAGUGUAGCUGCUCUGGGAGUUCCAGUAUGCACUGAGGAAUCAUUUGCAAAGGUUGUGAGCUCUUUGAGAUCUCCAUCAAAGGGAAAAGGAACAAGUGGGGGUGCUCUUUCUUCAACUUGUAAUGCUGCGGGUGAGAUUUUCAGGAUUGCUGCAAUUAUCAAUGGGCUUGUUCUAGUUGGUGUUGCUGUUGGGUUUGUUCUUCUUCGUAUGGAAGCUUUUGUUGAGGAGUCCGAGUCCUGAGUGACAAAAACUUAUUGGAGAUGGAUUUUUAAUGCUGUUUACUCAAUUUGUAUUUUUCAAUUCACUUCUGCAUCCGAAGUAGAAAUUGCUUUUUCUC